AUAGAGGCAUACACCCCAUCCAUGGUGGGGAGUCAUUCGAUAGUGGCACUCAGACGAGCGAUGCGUCAGUCGAACCCAUCGUGGAGGGAAACACGAGUCAGACGCCGCGUGGAGGGUCGGCUGCCCUCACUCAAGAAGGCGAGUCGGGGCAUAUCACUCUACACUACAGCGUCAGCAGAGCGAUGCAGCGGGUACCUUUCGAAGAGUCCGACUUGACUGGCGAACGGCAAACCCCAGAGAACUCAGUUGAUAUUGCAAACAAUGACGAGAUACUGCUGGGCAUG